GUAAGGUUGUCAUCAGUGUGUGUCCUGGCUCCUGAAUGCGGUGGUCGUGCCGGUUGUUGGCAUGAGCUGGGCAUGACCGCUGUCUGUAGUUGCCAUGGAGUGUGAGUGCAGGUGGUUGUGAUUCCGCAGUGCAUCUUGCUGCGCCGUGUUGCCUUUGGAGCCUUGAAGGCUGGUUGACUGUUCCUUGCAACUGGACUCCUCAUUCAAUAAUUUCCUCAGUUCGGAUUGCAUUGUACUUUAGAAGAAUUGAUGGGAUCAGCGGCAGAUCAGAGAGACCGCCAGAGCAGCACGUCUGGACGCCCAACCACCUGCGCCUGAGUAACAAGUCGUACGCUCUGCAACGCCCCAUGGCAAAAUUGGUCCUCCUGCAGCAGCUCGGAAUAUCAGUGCCUGAAAUCUACAGCAGCAAGAACCUAGAGCAGCAGCACGCGCUAGUCAUUUCCUCCUCACCCGCCCUGUGCACGCAGCCACAAUCCAAACUCGAACCCCUCCAGUGUAGUGCAGAGACCACCCCCCUGCCUAGUGAGUGCAAAACCCACCUGACACCCGUGGCCCCAGUUGUAACAACACUCUUGCCCCCGUGUGUCGCACCAGCAUGUCUGUGGACACAGAGCCCAAGUCUCAGGUGCCUUCUGGCCAGCAACUGCUAGACCAGCGUUGUUCGGUGCAGUCUUCAUCUUCGUCGUCGUCAUCUUCGUCGGGCGAUGGUCGCUGCCGCCGUGCCACGCCACCGGACGGCGGCUGGGGCUGGGUGGUCGUGUUUGCCUCCUUCAUGAUCAACCUAAUCGCCGACGGUGUCUCCAUGUCGUUCGGCAUCCUCUUCGUCGACCUCAUCGACUACUUCGAACAGAGCAAGGGCAAGACAGCUUGGGUGGGCUCUCUCUACCUGAGCAUGCCACUUCUCACAGGCCCCAUUGCGUCGUCACUGACCGACCGCUAUGGCUGCCGGCGCGUCUGCAUCGUCGGCUCGCUUCUAGCUGCCAGUGGCUUUGUGGCUUCCUACGUUGGCACGUCCCUCGAGUUUCUUUUUCUCACAUUCAGCGUGUCUGGCUUCGGCCUGGCCCUCUGCUACGUAACGUCCAUCGUAAGCGUUGCCUACUACUUUGAGAGGCGACGGUCACUAGCCACUGGUCUGGCUGUCUGCGGCACAGGCAUUGGAACGUUUGUCUUUGCUCCUCUGACCAUCCGCCUGCUCGAAACAUAUGCCUGGCAGGGAACGCUGCUCAUUCUGGCCGGCUUCUUUCUCAACAUGGUGCUUUCUGGUGCCCUCAUGCGAGACCUCGACCUCUUUGGCGAUGACGAUGAAGAUGAGAAUGGCACAGACACACACGAGAAGAAGACCCUGCCCUCUGCUGGAGGAAGUGACCAGAGGCUCUGCAGCUCGCUCAUUCAGCUUCCGACGUACAUCACAGACCAGCGCGGUGCGCCCCUGGAUGUGUUGUCCGAGAACUACAACAAGGAGAAAGGCCACCUGAACUCGCUUCUGGAACAGCACCCCAAUAUCUGGAACACCAUCGACCCUAGCUCGACCAUCAAGAGCAUGCCACCCAACUUUGUGCUUCCACCUUCAAAGGCCAGUGCCGCCACCGGCCCGACAGCGAACGCCCUGGGAUGCCGCGACGGGCCGAACGGCUGGGGUGGCGAGCGCCGUCUGCAGCAGCGGGCUGACUCGGCGUGCCUGCGUAACAUGCGGCUCCAACGGGGCAGCCUCACAUACCGCGGUGCCAUGCUUAACAUCCGCCGCUAUCGGCUCCGAGCAUCGAGCUGCCCCGACAUCUACCGCAACAGCAUGUUGACCAUCAGUGGAGAGGACAAGACGUGCCAGUGGCUGAGCGACUUGAAGGAGGUGCUGCAGGACUCUAUGGACGUUAAGCUGUUCCUCAACGGCCGCUACACGCUACUGUGUAUCUCCAACUUCCUGCUCAACGCGUGCGUUGACAACCCCUACAUGUACCUGCCCGACAGCGCCAUCCAGCUGGGUGUUGACAAGGACCGGGCCUCCUACCUCAUCUCCUUCAUUGGCAUCCUCAACACCUUUGGCGUGGUGAUAGUGGGCUACCUGGGCGACAAGUCGUGGCUGGAGCCCACACUGCUCUACAGCCUGCUGACGGCCGUCAGCGGAGCGGCCAUUGCGGUGCUGCCCAUGGUGAGCAGCUACAUGGCCCUGUCCCUGCUGAGCUCGGUGUACGGCUUUGCCAUCUCUGCCAACUACACGCUGGUGCCGGUCAUCCUGGUGAACCUCAUCUCGCUGGACAACUUCACGGGCGCCUAUGGCCUCCUCUUGCUCAUCCAGGGAGUGGCCGGCCUCAUGGGACCCCCCAUUGCAGGCUGGCUGUGCGACACGACCGGUGCGUACGACGCCACCUUCUACUUCAGUGGCCUGAGCAUCCUUGCCUCGGGCGUGCUCAUGCUGCCCGUGGCCAGCAGCUGGCGCUGCCAGAACCCUGCCUCCUUCAACAACCGUGACACUGACAGCACGUCCUCCUCUUCAGCAACUGCCGCCACCACCGAGCGGCGCAAGCACGUCACGACGGUCCUCCUCCCGCAGAACGGCGCCAACCCUCCUGUGGCUAAAUUCGGUGAAGAGGCGGCGGCUCCGCACGAGACCGUGGCACUAGUCAGCAACGGCAUCUGCGUGUGAGCUUGCCCUCCAUCUUCUUUCCUCCACGCUCGGAUCUGGAAGCAUGACGCCGGCAAGCCGCGUCAGACAGUCAGACUUUCUCUUUCUUUGGUUUUGUCAACCUUGUGCACUGCAUUGGCAGUCACGUGAUCUCUGGCCUGCACGUGGGAAAGUCAAACCGGCACAUCUUUCCUCGCAUUACGUAGCAGCACAUUGUUGGUUGUUUUCGUGCAGCAGCUGCUGGGGUUUCAACGUUGCUAAAGCCCGGGGCUCAUUUUGUAACAAUCCAUUUGACUUGUCCAUACAUUUUGUCCUGUGGCAUUGGCUCAUAAGUCACUGUUAUCACCGAGAUCGGUCACUCUGCGCGAUGGAUGAUAAGAAAAAUGAAAAUUAAACGAAAUGGAUUGUUACAAAAUGUUGCUUCUGGCGGCCUAAGUUCUCCAGUGUAAAGACGAUUUCUCCUUCAGAAUAACGCAAGUGUAACAAAGGCUUUCCUAGACAACACAUGGAGUUAGGUGUAGUCACUUGCACAGUGAAUUUCUUUCUUUUCAAAUGCAAGCAUUUCUUUUAAAGUGUGAACACGAAGUAAGCAAAAACAGCGAGAUGCACACAGCACCUGCCUUGUGUGUUAACCUUGCUUCUUGCCGUCUUGUUGAUUUUUUGCCAUUGCCUCUUCUUGUCUGCUUGAAUUAUCUUUUAUGUAUCUAAGGUCUUGCAGAAUUACAUUGAAACUUGAAUCAAUUUGUACUUACACCAGCUUUACUUUCACGCAUCUAUGUUGAGCAUGUACAACUUGUAUUGGUUAACCACUGCAGCAGGGGUUGUGCCAUCAUGGUUUACUUUAUUGCGAACAGUACUUAUAGCAUGACAUACUAGGAUAUUAAAAGAGAAUAAUGAAUCAGCACAGUGUCCGGCUGAUCCUUUCGCUUAACCAUUUGUGGCUCAUGUGCAGUGAUGGUAAGCUUUUUUAAGAUACAAAAGUUUCUUCUAAUAAAGUUUGGUCCAGAAAAGGCCUAGGCAGGCCAAGAUGAAAUGUGAAUGAAAUUUUAAUGUUGAAAACGCAACAUGACUGUGCAUAUUGCAAACCUAUGUCAAACAUUGUGACGCAGCUCACUGUGCAUUUAUGCGUCUAACCCACAGCCCCGUCUACAACCCUGGAAAAUAAAUUGUAGAGAAGUAUGGCACGCAUAACCUUAUAAUUGCAUGCAACAUUUAUAACCUUGUAAGAGCACUCCUGAGGGGGAGCCUUUGGCACAAAAUUAAGCUCUGUAAAUGAUCUGGUUUUGUAUGUUUGACCGUCACUACUUUGUCACUUUUCAAGUGCACUGUGGUUUCAUGGGAAUUCAUCCUCGUAGUCCACCUUUAUUAUUGAAUUUUUCUUUUAGAUGGAACUUCACAGCAGCCCUCUGCUGCAUUGCCAUGAAGCCAUACAUGAAGGUGAUGUUCGGCUAUUGAUAGGAGCCCUGCCUAUUCUCCCCCCUAUUUGAGAAAUUACUGGCAUGGCUUAUAUGCUCAAAAAUGCAGCACACUAGAGCCCAUUAUCUUGCAGCAGGUAAAUUGUCAGUCGUCAAGGGUGAGUCAGUUUGCUCAGAAUGCGGGGCAAUUUGUGCAUGCCAAUGUUGCAAACUUAUGUGUGACCAUACAUCUUCCAGUGAAAAACCUCGUUUCUGGGAAAGUUGAAAUCUUCAAAUCAUGCAGCUCGAUGCUCAGGCUUUCUGUGCAAAUGAAUGGGACACAGAGCUGUGGCCCAGCAGGCUGAUCAGCCAUGCACUGUAGGAGGCAACAUUUUACUAGACACAACAUGAAACAUCUUGAACCAAGUUGAAACUUUGCCGAGUGGCGCUGUGUUGAGCGUUUCUGGGUGCGCAAACAGUCUGCAUGACUGUUUGCUCUGCGCGAUGACACGUGGGCACCGGUACUUUUUGCUGCAUGAAACCAGCAAUAACACAGCUCUAGGUGCAGGCAGUCUCGUGAAAAAUGCUGCAAACUGGUUCCCAUAAAGUGGUCUAUUUGGUUAUUGGUUCCCAUAAGUCCCUUCUAUUUGACACACUUUCUUGCUUAAAUCUCAUCAGCACUUAAAGCGCAGUUUGUUUACACAGCGCCACCCUUGGUUUUAGCUAAACAUUGUAACUUGGCUAGUCUUUUGAAAUGCCGCCUGACUAGAGCCGGUGUUUGUGGACACUGCAUCCUCGUGUACAACCAGUGUCGCUUUCGCCAUGAUGCCGUGUGCGUCCGCGUGUUCAGAGGGCCGAAGGUCUGAUUGUGCAAGUGCAAUCUGCAUGCGUUGUCACACCAGGAAGAAACGGGAAUGUAAGGAAACAACCCAGAAGUGCAGUUCCUUUAUCCACAUUUGUGAGUGCAUGCUGCACCGAUGCAAAUCUCAAUCAGGCACUUAGGUCCAGCAGUCAUGUAUGUUGGAUCACAUAUAGCAGUUUCAAGCGACCAAGCGUAUUAGGUGCCCUACUCUGACUUUCUCAAACACAUUCUAAUACCAGUGUGACGGUGCAGCUCGUAGCUGAAUGUUUUGAUACAUUGUGACAACUGUGUGCAAAAAGAUGAAUGUCAUUAUUUUGCACCAGCUGACACAGGAAAUGACUACAGAAAACUGGGACAAAGGCACGUCCCAGAGGAAGCUGACAACGCUUCUUCAGUCCGCUGUGGUUUGGAAUGCCUAGGCCUUGAACUUCUUUAGGUAGCAUGUUUACAUUAAGCUUGAACUGUGGCCCCAUUUCUUCUCAAGUGAUGGAGCUUUAUAAAGGCAUUCAACAAUACGGUUUUGUAGUUUUUGCACUAGAUGCUUACAGCCUAGUCCUGGGAUGCACAGCAUCUCUGCUGGGCACGUGACCGGCACGUAGAUCUCAUACGUAGUCCGUCGGGAAUCACCAUCUCAGCCGUGGUUCAUUUAGCCUUACACUGGUCCUGCCGAUAGUACGGUACUCCCGAAGCACAGCUUUUUGACGCUCUUUGCUUGAGGUUCAAACUUUUUUCCCUUGCACCGUCUGGUACACCGUGGUACACCACAGAUUUUUCUCUCGGCUCUUCACAACUAGUUCUUUCACCCGCUCUGUACAAACUUGCAUCUGCAAGACAAUGUAUUUAUUCUAUUGUACACACAUGUGGAAGGCAUGCAUUUGUUUGUACACAAUAGGUGUUUGAGCCUGCAAGUGCACAGAGGUCGUAGAGCCUACCUACCUUGUAGGAAGUCCUAUAUGCAAUACAUCGAGCUCAAGUCCUAGAAUCACUGCACUCGUUUCAGUGCUCCGCUGCACCGCUGUCACGAAAACAGAAACUUGUAGUAGCAGCUGCGCAUGUUCGCUUAUGAAAAAGAAGCUGGAAUGGGAAUCCCCAGGGAUUAAGGAAGUAGCACAACGUGUGGAGCUCUUGGCACAACAGCUGAGAGUUUCAUGUGCAGAGCUACAUUGCCAAGUGUUUCCCACUGUCACCUCUAAGGGCCUACCACUGCAAAUGGAAACCACAAAGAAAUGGGAGGGAUUGUGCAAUCAAUUGCCUGCGCUGGAAGACUCCUGUAUCCACAUUGUGUACAACCAGGGGCAAUGUUAUGUAAUGAUUCUUUUCUUUGAACUUUGCUCUUUACUUAUCAGCCAUAGCGCUUACUGGCCGAUCUCGGUGAUAACCAUUGGUGUGGCGCCAUGCAAGCCAAUGACAUUCGAAGAAUAGAUUAGAAAAAGAGAAAGGAAUAGUACGAAAACUUGGGCCUCUCAGCAACUUUCAUACAACGCUAUCAGCAUUGCGAAACUAGAUUCACAUUCAAACAAGAGACAAGUUUCCAAGAAGGUAGAGGUUUGAAGUGAUUAGCAGUGGUCAGUCAAGGAAUGUUGCUGAGGCUUCAGCGAGGUUGCUUGCUCAACCACUGUUAUUCGUCAACAUUCAUGCAUAUCUGCAAAAAGUUAUGUUUCUAAGGAAAAUUUAGAUGGUGUACUGGUUGGUGCACAGAUUAACACAAAAGCAGAUAAACAGCCAUCCAUGUGUCAACAAGUGCACUGCCUUUAGAACAAUUAUGGACAACUAACUAGCCCUCCAAUACCUGCUCAGUAAAUUUUGCUGCUUUAUUUCUUUAGCCAUUUCAUUAUAUUGAUAAAUUUCUUAAAUUGUUAUUUUCUUGGUUGUUGCGUCUGAUACUGUAUUUACUCGCAUAAUGAUCGCACUUUUUUGCAAAAAAAAUUGAAGCAAAUUCAGGGGUGUGAUCAUUGCGGGUUAAAUUUCCCACGGAAAGAACGAUUUUCUGUUUUCAUCCCGCAUUUGCUGCGAGAUGACAACGGGUUAACAAGCAGGCGGCUGCUGCUGUCAGUGCGCGACACCAAAACAAAAAUGGCUGCCGGCGGAGCAAGCCGAACGCGCGGAAUGCAAUUAUUUUUCUUCUACUGAGUUCAUUACAUGCAUUGAAAAAGUUUCUUCCGUAUCAGUAAUGAAUGACAUCGUUAAUAUCGGCAAGUUUGUGACAAUAACAUAGCCAUGUCUGCUUUGAAGGGACAGAAACAGAGAUGGGCGCGUUUAGCUGCCAGUGACAUAGAAACACAUAGUGAGCAUGCUGCAGAAACUGCGGCAUUUGUCUUCACUGCUAUACUAUCCUAAUACGGCACGUCUCCGCUAAGGGUGAGCGAAUAUCUUAGCUGUGUUACAAGCGUUGAUGUAUGAAUAGGGUACACUUCUAAUGUAUCAGUGUAAACGUGGCCACUAUCGUUGCCGUUCGCGAUUUGUUGCUUGCCCACGAGUGCAGAUGAGAAGAAUCGAAAGGCGCCCUUUGUGUUGUUGACCAAAACCAUUAUGAAGCCUACAAAUAAUAAAGCCGAGGCAAGUUUGAUUGUAGCUUUUUUUUUUCAUGGAAGUGCGGAAAGUGAUGAAAGGAAUGAAAUGGGUCAUCUGCUUAAGAAUGUUUGGUGCGUGCAGACCGCUUGGUAUCUCUUCAAGAGUCGUUUGCAUAGCAUUUGACAGAUCAUAAGCGCAAUCAUCAUUAGCUAGACUUGGCACACGACAUAUCGCUACGACAAGUUCAGGGUGCGAUCAUUACACAGGAAAGAAAGAAAAUUGAAUUUUGAUGACAAAAUUAAGGGGUGCAAUCAUUAUGAGAGUGCAAUCAUUAUGCGAGUAAAUACGGCAAUUCUUCGAAACCCAGGUUGCUGGCCCCUGGAAAAUAAAAAAAUUGAAGGUCAAAGAAGAAAGAGACAAAAUUAUGACUACGAUGCCAACUGUUGGAAGAACCUCAGUUGAAACAAUUGACCAGCCUGCGUUGUUGAGAAUGUUGCAUUGACAAACUAAUCAGCCUGUACUGAUGUGUUUAUUACAACCAUUUUGAAAGCAACGUCGCAUGGAAAAGCUAAGCAGAUCCAAAAGAGUUAUGAGGUUUGCAGAAAAAUAUGUACGCUUGCCCACAAAUUAUUGUGGGUCUUGCAGGCAAUACGCUUGACUGCACAAUGAAACAAACUUGCAAUGGUAAAGUGAUGCCUGGGAGCAUGGCAUCAUGUCGUCUGCUACAAUUUCUUAGUGUGCCAACAAAAUGUUUACUUGAGUCGGCGAUUCAAUGUGCUGUGCUGGAGCUGGUGAAACUGCUGUCUUUUCACAUGUGGUACACAAAUGCAAAGCUGUCUUGGUGCAAAGGCAAUAUGCUACUGAAAGAAAAGCUUGUGAAAAGCUACUGAAAAAAAGCCUGUGCAGGUUUGCUUCAAUGCAUGGCUGUACUGGCUGCUCUAGCUAUCAGAGGAGCACAACCAUCACACGGCCACGCGCUUGCGUGCCCCACAAUAUUUUACGGGCAAGUGCACAACAGGCUGGUUGAAGUCUUUGUUGGCUUGCCAGUUUUGCCGCUGUUCAUCAUGUGCUCCUCUGAAAGUGGAUGCGUAAUACUGAAUUCCUGCCAUUCACUUGCAUAAUCCCCAGUGCCCAUCAUCAAUUUAGGCAAUCUUACGAAGUUUGACAAAUCUUUACAUAAUGUAGUGUUAGUCAAUAGCGCAGCCACUUUUUGGGGACCUUCUUUUAGUAUAUAAUAGCAUUACGUUUCAUCGGGUUCCAUGUGUAGCGCAGAUGCGAGGUCUAAUGCCACAACUGCAUGCAAAAAUUAUUCAUGAGUUCUCGAAACUUAGGUGUGAGAAUAAAUUGAACAAAAUAAUGCACACAUUCACAUAUUAGGGAUGAUGUGAAAGGUGCUCCGAGAAGGCGGAAGGGUUAUCAGUAAAUUGUAGUAGAGUAUCAGUGCAUGAAGUGCAAGGGUGUUUCUGCCAUCCAGUUGGAGUAUUGUUUCGUAGGGACAGCACGUUCUGAAAGUGGCACUUUAUGCACUACGUGAUGACUUUGUGACGGAUCGAGUUGAAGUGGCGAUCUUAAUGCCGUUGUAGGAGCAAAGGCUGAAUUGCAACUUUCAUGCCACUGUUGCACUGGUUCCCUCGAGGCCCGAUUUUAUGGUUCGCAUAGUUAACGUAUGGAUGAGGAGUCACGCCCUUUCAGGUACGACUUAACAGGAAACGAAUUUGCCAAAAAUUUUGGCUAGACAAAAGCCGCGCUUGAAAAAAAAGGUUUUCAUCCUUAGAGAGAGGAUGCCGCAUCGUGGCUGCAUUAUUUUACAUAAUUGUGUGUGUGGGGGGGGGGGGGGGGGGGCAAUAUGCUACACCUAACAGUGGGACUGUGCGCAUUCUUUGGUUUUUGUUCUAAGAGAAGCGGUCUGCAAUGCAUGUUGUACUCGAAUGGGAGGGUCAUUUGUGAAUGGUGGCCUUACCAGGAUAGCUAAAUUCUAAUAUUGACAUCAUGAUUCUUUGUAGUUUUAGAUCGUGCAUGAGCUUCUCCUUUUCAAAAUUAGUUUCUGGUACUUCAGAGAGGCACAAAUAUUCAGCCUUGGGUCUUAAUCAAUCACUAAUAGCAUUUUGCACUGGAGUCGAGGCCUUUUAACUCUAUGCAUGCUCUUCACCUUAUUCACUCAUCUCAGAUGAGCUUUGUCAGUGCCACGCUUACAAUUUUGAGACAUUUUCAUUCACAACCCAGGCUAGCGUCACUUGUCUACAUAGAAAACAUUUCUCUUGCUACUCCUUUUUCGAACUCUUUGCGAUAGCUAAGUCUUCUUCUUCACAGUGUGGUUUAGCUGCAUAGGUAUAACAUUGAGACAAUAUUUUGCCUCUCUGCAGGCAUUAAGACAUUAGGAUAGAUUGUUAGUCAGUAGAUGCUCUCUCUACUUGAUGCUGUGGACGCACAUUUCCCAAGUUUCUGGACGCAAAAAGGCUGUAGCCACCCCAUUGGCGGGCCCAGGAGGUUUUCAGGGUCGGAAACCUGAUCCUUAUUAUGGAGACCGCAUAAUCAUUUUGGGGAUGUAGCUUUUCGUAAUGAUGUCUGUCCAAGUAUGUCAAAUCAAACCAGAUGAACUUUUUUUUACUCUGUCUGAAAGCACUGAAACGGAUUUGAUGUGGGUUUUUUUUGUUUGUCUGCACUGUCUUGUUCACUAUAUGAACUAUGUUUGAAGAAUGAGAGUGUUUAAAUGUGUUCAAGGAUUGUUCAAGUUUUCAUCAACAGUAGCAUGGUCACGGCUUGUCAGUUGCAGCUGGAAUGGAGACUGCGUUGCCUGUAUGUACACUGGCUUCCACUGCCCAGGAACCUCUCGUGAUCUUUUGUGAGAUGGAUGUUCAAGGAGUUCAGUAAUGGAACUUUUGUGAGAUGGAUGUUCAAUGAGUUCAGUAAUGGAAAGGAUCUCGGUGUUGCAUCGCAAGACACAUAUGAUGUUGACCUUAGAGAUCCGGAUGGUUGCUUGCCAAGUUGUCCGUGAAGAGUUGGAAAGGGGUGGGAGUGGCAACGAGCCACGUCUAACAUGCAUGUUUUUGGCAAUAGCCCUAUUGGUGCCUUCGUUGCUGGUAGGAUUGUCCGAGACCACACAUAACGUUCAUUUGGUUUGGAAGUACGUAGUGCAAAGCAGGUCUUGUUCUUGGCUAGGCUCUCAUUUACUCUUGUAAAGUUAAUUUUUUCUUAGGUGAGAAAAGGCACAUGUUGUUGACGAUCCAAGCACCAUGGCUUGCAUCAGAGAUAUGCCAAAUGGUUGUGGCUUCAUUUUCGAGAUUGUGGCUUUUGUGUCGCACUCUGUAUCAGCCAUGAAUGAAGAUUGUGGGCCUUGUUAAUUUUACUGGUUUGGAAUGUUCGAGCUUAAUACUUUAUUUUCCAGAUACAAUCAUUUCGACUCAAAAGUUGCCACACGACUGAUGAUGUCACUUAGCACAGGUUGCAAAGUGGAGUUUAGUUUAUAAAUGUUAAGGUUUAACUUGCAUGACUGAACCUGAAAAGCCAACAAAGCCAGGAGGGUUCGAAGUUUCGGGUGCCAGUGAUGCCACUAGGAUGAUGUCAAACCCAUGUGCUCUGAUAAAUUUAGGAAACAGGUCUACGUGUUAAGGAUAUAUUCAUUGUCUGCUUUGUCAUUGUGGCAUGCUAACUGUAAUUCGUGGAGUCGGCUUCUGUCACAGCAGAUGUAAGCAAGCUGAAGUCACUCGCAAGAAAUCUCAAGUGGUGCAAAUGUCUGUAGCAGCAUCCUCUGUGUGCUUGAGACUGAGUUGUGCUUUGCAGUGCCUUCCUUCGAGCGAGGCAGCUUUGAGGAAGAAGAGUUGUAAAGAACAGCUUUGUCAUGGAAGCACUUUGUGUGUACCAGAUGAGACAGGGUGACGUCACAGGAGUCAAGAACUUUGCGUAACAAAAAAACGGACAAUCGUUGCACCUUUUUCGGAAGGUGUGUAAGGGGGCAGGGCAUGCUGCCCUUCUCCAUCAUCGAAAUGAGGCAAGCUUCAGCUUGCACAGAGCGUUGUGCCUCCGAAUGGGGCUAGCAAACAAACUUAAAGAAACCGCUUCUUCACUCUCGAGCCAUGGUGACUUGGGUUAUUAGGAGCUCCGACGUUAUGGGCUUUAUUGUGGUCCACAAUAAAGCCAGUACAGCCAGUUAGUUCUGCAAGAGCUUCUGCCCGCCUCCAUUGUCGGUUGUGUGAAAAGUUAGAGACUGGGAUAUGAUGCCUUGUGGAGUGACGGUUGUGCUUGUGGUUGAUGCCGACUGAAUAAGGGCCUACUAUGCCAGGGGAGGAUAUUGCAUGUUUGUGCAAUAUCUGUGGCUUGAGCUGGUGCAUAAUGGAAGGGAACAAGUAUUUGAUACGAAAACAAUGAUUACUGCUGCAGUGCCAGGUCCAGCAUCACUUGCUUAUACUGCGCACAUUCUUUUUUUCAAGAGUCUUUCUUGUGGUAGUACUUCUCUGGUAUCACUGAAAAAGGACAGACACUUUCGAAGUCCCAUCAGGCAGUCCCUUUCAUAUAUCCCAAGUGCACAUGCCUGGUUUGUUUGCCCUGUGGUGCAGCAAGGGUUGACAGUGUGCAUUGUGUACAGUGCUACACGGCACAAGGUGAAACAGCUCUAAAAAGUGCUGCCAGAAUUGAGAACCAAUUUUCCCCUCUCUCUUUUUUUUUUUGCGAGUGAAAUGUGGUAUUUCACUUUGUCACUGGGUUUUCUGCAGCGAUGAAAUUAACACUGAUUGUUAAGCAAAGUGACUGCAAAUUUUGUACUUCUUGUUUUAAAUUUAUUUUAAAGCAUUUAAAUUGCACAACCGUUGCACUUAAGCUGAGGUGGCGCCGUGAUAGCAUUUGUUGCACCUUUAACAAAAUUUAAUUUUGCGAUUUCUCGCCAAUGCCAAAUCUUUAAACCAAACUUAGCCUAUAAAUGGAAAUACUUCCUGUGCUUCCAGGAUGGAAAUUUUUUUUUAUGAAUGCUUUCACAGUGAUGACUAACAAGUGUACGUGGUUCCAAAUAUAUCCGUAUGAAGCAAUAAAAUAAAUGGCCCCACUUUGCAAUUAGGUAGCCAGAACUGCAAAUUCUGGCGUAACAUUUAAAAAAAUUUUAGAUUUCGAACUUUCUUUUGUUUUUUUCCAGGCAAUAUUCAAUAUUGCUUGAUCUAGUGUAGUGUGUGCAAUUUUUUAAAACUUCAAGUCAACAGUUUACACGUGCAAUUAAGAACUGCAUCUGGGAACACUGGCACAAAGUUUUGAAAUUUCCAUAGAUAUCGCAUGAUCUUCCCAUUUUCCCCAAACUGAUCAGUAUCUCUUGAUCUAGGGUGCUGUAUCCUUGGGGUUGGCAACACUGUAGAGCACAGGCAUGUGGUCCUUCACAGCAAGUGUUUUGCCUCGCAUAACACUACGCAGCAACUGGACUUUCCACAUGCUUGCAUUGGCUGAAUUUUGAGCACUUGAGUGCUUAAACUGAACUACCCCAUACAUUGGGGACGAAUGAGGCUAUAAGUUUAGUUAAAUUUUGUGCACUCUUCUCGGAGAUGGUCUUUGAGUGAUGAGGAAGCGGUUUCAGAGGUUUCAGACAGCAGUUUCUCCUGCAACCCCAUUGUAGUGACACAGCGCUUUGUUGUGAAUGAUCUAGUGACCAGCUGGUCUUCUACCUUCUGCCAUCAAGUUUUAAUCUUGUUCACUAUAUUUAUGUUUUCUUUAAACCCGCGGCAUAUCUUGAGUUGCGUACCUGGAGUGACUGUAGCGAGUGUAUGUGAAAUGCUGCAUGUUUACUUUGUUGCUUACAGUACAGUUCAGCUGCGAAGGCAGUACUACACAUGGCAUAAGUCGCGUGAGAAAAUGAUGCCAAGAUGACUUCAAGCAAAUCCCUUUUUUUGCUCUACACCAUGUUGACCGCAAUAUUGAUACAUCACCAUGCGUCAUUACAACGUUUAAUACCAUUUCUGUCAACUGGUGCACAGCUAAAACAUUUCCAAUCAAGAUUGCCAUGUAAUAAUGUGCAUUCUUUAAGCACUGCCCAGCAGUAAAGCUUGUUUGAAACGAUGGCUAUGACUUAUGCCUGUGUGUGACUGUCCUGUAUCUAGUCACGGAGUUUUCUAGGCUAGCACCUUCUGUCCAGUUCAGUCUAGUCGCCGUCUGCCGCUUUUCCUCGAUAAAAAUGUCACCCGGUCUUUCCACUUUUUCUUUUUUUUAUCAAACAAUGCAUGUCACACAACUCUGUCCAUCUCUUUUGUCGGUUUGUUCUAAUUUGUUGUGCUGGUCUUGAGUGCUUGCAAUCGCAGCUGAGCUCCAAAACGAUGUUGUUUUGGUAGUUAGUAUGUCAUAACGAGUUCUCAUAAACUAAGAUUAAGAACUCGUUGUUAGGUUUCCUUAACUAAAGUUUGUUUCUUUUUCCAAGAUGCCUGUGAAAUAUUGUAAGCAAACAAUAAGCAACCAGCCCUCACUAUGAUUAUUAAAUCAAGGUGUCCUGUGGAGUACCCGCAAGUUAUCUGUGAAGGUUUCUGUUUGGCAGCAACAUUGCUGUGCAUUACCCGUGUCUUCAUAUAGUGCUGACACUGGCGUUCUUACAUUUAUCAUGUAAUUCAUGUAAUGUUGCCUGUGAGAGAAAUAGAUUUUAAAAACUUGCUCAACAUGUCAUCUCAAGAUGGACAAACGUACGUAUUUUUCACAUCAAGAUGAUUAUCACUGGAAAAAUUUUAAUGUUUUCACCCGCAGCGGUGAAACAGGCGUUGCAAUAUUUACUGUAGAUAAAUGGUGUGCAGUUUCUUCUUUAUUUUUUGCAUGUAUGCAUGUGCAUUGUGUUAAAGCUCCUUGUACUCCCAUAGCAUUCCAUGCAUAUGUGUUUUAGUGUAACAUUUUUGACUUGCUUGUGCCUCUCCCAGUGUUUUAUGGUCAUGAAAUCCUUCAUUACCUGCUUUGCCAAUCAUUCCCCAUUAAUCUUUUUCCUAAGUUCAACACUAUGUUCAGUAUACUCAGAGACACUUUUAAGUUCGCUCUUAGAUGCAAGGUUUGACUUUUAGUUUCUCUAUUCAAAUAGAUUGUGAAAUGUUGAAGUGCUGUUGUUAGGCAAUCACUGAACCAAUCUAAGUAAAAUGUGUUGCAUUGAAAUGAAGGACAUAAUUUUUGUGACUGUAUGCAGUGGAUGCUUUUGAAAUGUCUGUAAAAUGUAUCAGAAAAAUUUAAAAGUAUUGAAAAAUAAAAUUAAAGCAAAUCUAUGUAGUUCACAAAAAAAUGCACAACAAGAACAAGCAUUGAAAUUCUUUAACCACCAUCUUUUAGAACACUAAUAGUAGAUAAAUUAGCAACAUUGGUGGUCUUAGACACAUUGCUUACUUGUAUUUGAGCUUUGUAAGGUUGUUACAGUAAAGUGGUCUUCUCUGGAGUCAUGCAAAAUGUUGGUUUUAUUAACUUUACACACUGAUGAACAGAAUUCUCAUCUCUCUCUUUCUUGCAUAUUUCAUUAAUCUUGUUAUCGAAAUUUCGUCAACUCCUAGUAAUCAGAAUACUGCUUCUUUAAAUGCAACAACCAUCAUUCAAAAAUGGGUCAGCAUCUGCAUAAGGAGAGCAUUUUUGUGCUUCACAGAUUUUUGAAUAUGAUAGGCGAGCACUGGUAACUUUUGUGCUUCGCUGCGUAAGCUGUGUUCCAUGGCGCACAGCUUUGCAGUAGCAACAGAUCUGUUGCAGAAGGCUGUCCUUGCCCCCCCUCCCCCCCCCCCCCCCUCAGUCAAUACCUCUGUGUUUCUCAUUACAAGUGCACCAGCAGACCAGUGACAGUUCCUUUGUUGUGCAGGCAUGUUAAUGGAUGCCAAAAGGCGAAGUGGUUGAUUGUGUCACUGAGUGCUGUUAUUUCAAGGUGUGCAUUUUCUUGUGGCACACUUGUUUCAGUAGUCGCCAGCAGCUCUCGCAGUGCUGGACGUGCUGAUGCCAGUGGGAUGUCUUGUCUGGAAAGGCAGGUUUGACUCUGGAGGUUAGCCGCCUACUGGAAGUUCUGUAAUUGCAGCUGGUCAAAUAUGAAAUUGUGAUAGAAUGCUAAAACAUUUCAUCUGGCACUUUCUAGAAAUGUUUUCCUACAAUUGUUCCACCUUGCGUUUCAUCAUUCUGUUCUGUACUGUUGGCUGCUUGGUGGCGUACGCUCGCUGACAGUCGUAACAGUUUUGAAAUUGAAACUUUUAAGGACUGCUAUUUUAAAGUGUUAUGUGAUUAAAUUUACAAGCAGGAUGUUUCAAAGGAAGAGAAACUGCAGGGUUUAAACCUUCUGUACAACUGUAAUAUGAAAAUGGAGCAAAGGAAGUACGCAUACAUUUAAUGUGAAAGUGAAGGAGCGCUGUACAGGCUUGUGUGGUGGCCACAACCCCUAACAAUGAACAAUAAGAUUUGGCAAACAUUUUAUUUUUAUUUCGCCUCUGUGCGAGCCGCACUCGGAGAGCUAGGAGUGCCAGAUUCGUUUGAAAAAUCAAGAACUUGGCCAUUGAGCUGUGCAUUGCUGUGGCCUGUGGCAUUUACACAAGUUUUGUAGUGUGUCUCUAAUUGGUUCAGAUUAUGCUUCAUAGAGAAGCAUGAAGAGCCAAAAAAGUUUCACGAUUUUAUCCAUGCUGGCUACACUCUAUUCUAUUGUGCAAGACAUUUUAAAGAAACAGGUGCAACUAGUGCAUAAGUUGGUACGGCAAGUUUCUGCAGUACAGCCAAGAAAAGAUGGAAGAGUAAGAACUGGAGCAAUUUUGUUUUAUUUCAUGUUGUGUGGUGCUGCAGCAGGUUCAUUUUGUUUCCUUAAAGUGUAGAACCAGGGCAUGCUUGUUAUACUUUCCCUCUCUUAUUGGUUUGCAAACAACAACUUUGCUAUGCAACAGUAAUGCGAGCUGUACACAUUGUCAGUGAUGUGACACGCGAGUUUGUCCUGAGCAGUCAUUUUUAUUGCAUGCUUUGCAUUCAUAUUUAUUUUGGAAAUUGUCACUAAGGUGUUGUGUUGCUAAGCUUUUAUUGAAAUUUGAGUGAUCAUUAGAAUGUGCCGACUAGUUGUUUCAUUAAUUUAAUCCUGUCUUUAAUGAACUCUAGGUACACAUUUUUUCCCCUCGUGUUAUGUACUUGUGGUUUCAGAUUGUCGGUGUGUUUCUGUGCUGCAAAGCAUUUGAGUUUUCCUUACCAGACUGUGAUAAAAAAUUGGAAGUUUAGGUGUUUGUACGCUAUGUAAUCAGUGUUUCGUUUCUCAGCCGUGUUUUAAUUCUUGAGUUUAGUGCGUUCAGUGUUAGUCUUUUCAAGGAAAAAGAAAGAGAUGUCCUCCUUGCCCUCUCUUGUCUGUUUUACCCGUUUUUAUCGAGCAUCAAAAGCAUGAAUGUGUGUGUAUUUCCUAGCAUAUUCCAGCAUGUUCUUGUUGCCUUUGUUACAACUCGGCGAUUUUGGUAGCUCUUAUAUUAUGCCCUUACACAUUACGCACUUUCCUGAAUGUGGUCUGUUGUGAUAAUGGAUGGGGGAAAAAAGUCUUCACUUUUUAGUUUGUGCUCUUGUGGUGCAAAAUAUUCCCAAGUAUAUUAUGUUCCUUAAGAUGCAACAAAUAGCCCAAGAACUAGAAGGUGCUUGGCAAGCCUGGAACUGUAUAUAUAGUAAACUGACAUAAUAAACUGGACACUUUUCUUGGUAA